CAUAAGACGGGGGCGGUUUCGGGAUUGUGUUCGCUAUUCUACGUCACGUUACUGUGGGAAUUGUGCGGUGGAAGACGACCAAGAGAAGCAGACUCAUGGCUACAGUGAGAGAGAAAGCCGCGGCUUUGAAUCUCUCCGGGAAGUUAUUCAGCCCAAUGCACCGGCCGCCAGAUCCCCGGAUGGCCAACAAGCCAUUUCGGGCAACCUACAUCUGGAGCAGCAUCAUCAACAGCCUCCAGUCGCAGGUGGAGGUGAAACGAAGGCGCCAUAACCUCAAGUCACACAACGACUGCUUCCUGGGCUCCGAGGCUGUGGACGUCGUCCUGGCCCACGUCAUCCAGAACAAGUUCUUUGGGGAUGCGGAGAUUCCCCGGACGAAGGUGGUGCGUGUGUGUCAGGCCCUCAUGGACCGCAAGGUGUUUGAGGCCGUGGGCACCAAGGUGUUCGGCAAGGAGAAGAAACGGGCCACUUUCGAGGACAGCAGCUUCAGCCUGUACAGAUUUCUGAACACUCCUCUGAGCAACUCCACAGACAGUCCGGGUGCAAGCGAGUCUCCUGGCUUUGACAAGACGUUUUACAGCACACCUUGCAAAAGGCAAGAGGGAGAAUAUUUGAAUAGUACACCCAUCAAUGCUGAUAAAUCUUUGGAGGACCUUCUGGGCAACUUGAACCAAAGUCCAGCCCAGACCCCACAGCUGACAGUGAAUUCAGGAUUAUCACAAACGUUGGUGGAGGCCGUGUGGCAGGAGCAGACAGUGCUGCGUCUGCUGCAGCUGGUGGAGCUCCCCCUGCUGGACGGCCUGCUGGUGGGCGCAGACAGCCCCCUGCCCCCCCUGCGCAGCAUGGACAGCGACCCCAACCUGCUCUACACCAGCAACUACCUGGACCGGGAGAUCCUCAAGGCCUUCAGCGACUCGCAGGCGGAUGACUGGCUCUCUGCAGCGGUGGACUGCCUGGAGUUCCUGCCCGACCAGCUGGUGGUGGAGGUGAGCAGAGGGCUGCCCGGCUGCCUUGAGUCACAGCAGAGCAAGAGGCUGCUCUUCGACGCCCUGGCCCGGCACUACGGUCAGCCGGCCUGCCCCGCGCUGCUCACAAACCACAUGUUCGACAUCCACAGCGGCAUCACCGACCUGCUGGUGAACGGGAAGCUGGCGCAGGCCCUGGAGGCCCUGCAGCUGUGUCUGAAGCAGCUGGAUCCGCGCAGCCGCGAGGAGCUGCGCAGGCUGCUGCGCUUCAUGGCCCUGGCUGCAGACCCCGCCGCGCUCAAACUCCACACGGAGCUCGAGAACAGAAUGGCUGUGAAGAGGGCCUUCUCCCGAGCCAUUGUUCACGGCAGGCAUCUGGCCAAGGGGAAGCUGGACCUGCUGGUGCUGUUUCUGAUGGACAAUCACCGAGAAGUCCUCAAGAUUCCAGGAUCUUUGCACAAGCUGGUCAGUGACAAACUAGCUUGCAUCGCGCGCGGAAAAGACCCUGAUGCAAUUGGCUUGUCCUACUGCAGACGAGUCACGGCCAAGGUAUAUGUGGAGAGCAGCGAGAAAACCACCAAGGAAGAACUGCUGGUCCUCCUCCGGAGUAUUCACGAGAACCCAAAGCUCUCGGCCAAAGAGAAGAAACGCUUACUCGGCCAGUUUUACAAAGGCCAUCCUGAGAUUUUUGUACAGUAUUUUGGGACCAAAAUAUCCACCAUUGAAGUAUAAUUCAAAUAAAAUGAACCAAUGUAUUUGUUGUAAAUAAUAAUUGUGUGUGUAUACGUUUUAAAUGUGUAAAUCUCAAUGUAAAAGCUUGAAUAAAAUGUUUUUUAUUUUGCAUAA